ACAUGGCGCCGCGAAAUCCCAGUGAUCUCAGCUGUGAGUGGUUUUCUACUGGUUUCUUUGUGUUUGCUGCUGUUUCCUGAUACUGGGGAAGUUUCAAACUGGUGAAGACGCUGGUUUGUUCCGGUUCCCAGUUUGAUGAAGAGCAGCGAUACGAGCUGCAGCGGCUCACGAGUGUUUCUGUCUCGUGCUCAGCUGGCUUCCUGACGUACAGGUUCAUCUGAGCUGAAACAGAAGAUUCUCACUGGGACUCGAACCUUCACACUCGAGCUGGACUGGUUCACAUGGGAUUCAACACGAAAUUACUUCAUCUCACUUCACUGGUUUCACUGGUUUCACUGGUUUCGUGUCUCUGACUCAGCUGUUUGAAAACACUUGUCACACAGAGGCUGGUGGGUUGGUGUCGAGCCUCCGGACAGAUGAGAGGAGGAAGAGGAGGACACUCUUCAUCAUCUUCAUCAUCAUUAUCUUCAUCAUCAGUCUCUCAGGAGCAGAGCAGAAUGUCUGUGAGGAAACAAAUCAUCCAGGAGACGACCAACGUUCCCACAGAAAUCCUCAUCGAGGACGACACACAGGAGCUGGAGUCAGUGGCCGAGCUGGAUGUGAAGGAGGAGCUCUCGUCCUCGCUCCUGUCGCCGUCAUCAGCUCGAAACAGUCGCAGGAGAGAACGAGGAAACCAAAGCCAAACCAAAGAGAUGACGGAGGAGGAGAUGAUGGACCUGGCUCUGCGUCUGAGCGAACAGGAAGCCAGCAACACGGCGCUCCAGCUGCAGCGGGAAGAGGAGGCCAUGAUGAAAGCCAUCGAAGAGAGCAAACAAAACCGGCUUCAUGGAUCCAGGUUUAUUAACCGACAUGGACCCGGUUCCAAAAGGCCGCUGCCUUCAGAACCAUCCUUAAAUAUGGUCGGCCAGUCUCAGCCGGGCUCGCCAUCCCAGAGUCAAAGCCUCCUCGGCCACGCCUCCCUCAGACUCUGCUCCCGACGCAAACCCCCGAUCUCCAACGGGAUGAGGACGCCGUCCAUCGACCAGGGAGCCUCACAGGAGAUCGACCUGACCCCAGAAACAAAAGGAGCUGGAGAAGAAAUAAAGAACAGGAAUAGAAAGCGGAAAAGGAAAGAAGCAACUCCUCUGGAGACGUCUGACUUCUCCCAGAAGGUCGAGUCUCAGGCGUCGCCCGGCAGCUCCGAGCCUCUGGACUCACCGCAGAUCGAACCCUCUCUGCUCCACAAGUCGCCCGUCUUCCUGUCCACUGACUGCAGGGCGUUGGUUCACGUCCCACGGCUCAGUCAGGACCUGCUGGAAACCUGCAGAAGCUCAGGGUUUGUAUUGUGCUCUCAGGACACGUGUGCCUCCCCUCAGACGUCGCUGCCCGCUCAACCCAAGAGCCCGACGUUUCCCAGAAGCCCCGGUAACCUCACGUCUUGUCCGAAGACGCCGAGCUCUCAGGGAGACGAUGAAGAAACGCAGCUGUCGCAGAGUCUCGAGUUUUUAAGAAGUCCCGUGUUUGGCAGGAGCACUCAACCUGAGACGACUCCAAGUGCCUGCAAGGCUCCCGUCACUGUCUGUGAGAACUCAGGGCUGGAGAUCUCCUCCUCUGAGGAGAGUUUGACCUCCUCUGUGAGGACCACUCCCGCUCGGCCUCAGAGCCCCGUCUUCCCAAGAAGCCCCGCCCCUCCCCCUCCGCCAGAGAGAUCACCGAUCUGCGGCAGCCCCGUCUUCUCAGAGACGCACCGAGGACCUUCUCCGAGUCCGGUGUUCGGCCGGAGUGGACGAGAGGUCGGUGAGGACGACCCGAAGAGGUCUGUGGUUCCUUCAGAGGUCGAAAGGUCAACCAGUGAAGAGAGUCGAGUCGUCGGCGAGGAGUCUUCUCAGAGGCCGACCCAGCCCUGCAGCACUGACCCUCGUCAGGAGGACGUCAGGUUGGACACGAUCCCCGGGUCGUCUCUGUCAGAAGAUUCAGAGCAGCGGAUUGAAACACCUGGAGACUUGAACCCAGCAGAGACGGAGCUGACCAGCGACAUGACGCUCGUCUGGUCUGACAAGGACGAGGACGUCACGCCGGCAGGUUCUCCGAGCCCGGUCUUCCCAGAGGAGAGAGGUGCUGGUCGGGCAGAAGUUCUGGUUUCCUCCCUGAACCACGACUCUGCAGCUUCUCCAGGAGCAGAGCGGAGGAGCAGCAGCUCCUCAGAGCGACAGCCAGUCGGCAGCGGGGGGGCGACGGUUCAGUACUACUGGGGGGUUCCCUUCUGUCCCCGGGGCCUGGACCCAGACGCCUACACACAGGUGAUCCUGGCUCAGAUGGACGUUUACGACUCGAGUCUGAAACGGGCUCAGAGGCGUCUGCUGAGGAAGGCGCCGUGGGGGGGCGCCAUCCUGCCGCAGCCUGAGAAAUCUCCUUCACCUGAGUCGUCUGCUGAGUCUCCUCCACGUCUGGUUCCUCGAAGACGAGGUCUCAGGUUGAAGAAGAAAAACGAGAGUGAAGAGUCUCCUCCAGCUGAGGAAGAGGAGGAGGGAGGGGAGCAGAGGGACGGAGAGGAGGAGUCAGAGACGCAGAAGAUUGAGGGAGGAGAAGAAGGACCGAUGGAUACUGACGACUGUGACGUUUGUCCAGAAACUCAACUGAGUCACAACGAUGACGAGGAAACACAAGAUCUGACGACUGACCCUGGACCAGAGCUCCGACCUGGAGGUCCUGAUCUCCCUGAGGUCCAGAUGAUUCCUCCAGAAGAUCCUCCAGCUGUGGUCGAGCCGCCGCUGCAGGAGGACAAAGAGGAGAUGGAGGUGGACAUCUGUGGAACAAAGGAUGGAAUCAACCCUGUGGCCGGUGCUGAUGCUGGACGUCCACCUCAGAACGCGGAGGAGGACAAGGAGGACGGCGCUGAUCCAGAUGUGGAGGAGAUGGAGGUCCGAGGUCUGCAGAGGCCGGCGUCUCCAGAGGUGCAGCCCGGCGCCGUCCCUCCGGGUCCUGAGGCCAGCGUGGACUGUCCCCUCUGCCAGGGAUCCUUCCCGGUGACGAGGAUCGAGAGGCACGCGGCGUACUGCGACGGAGAAGUGGCCGUGCUGGAGGAGAGGGAGGAGCCCGGAGUGACGUCCAAACCUCGAAGGAAGAGACGGAGAGCAGAGGUCCCUGAGGCCGAGGAGACGAGCAACUCCACCAGCAGCAGCAGGAACCAAGAGAAAUGCUUCCUCUGUCAGAAGAAGUUUUCUCUGAGGGAAUACACCCGACACACCGAGCUGUGCCUCCAGCGCCGAACCCAGAAGUCUGACACCAGAGGAAAUCUGCUCUCAGCUCUGGAACAAACAGAAACCCGAGGAUCAGAAGCCGGGCCGUCAGGAACCAGAGUCCAGCCGGCGGAGGUCAUCGACCUGCGGGACGAUGAUGAAGAGGAGGAGGAGGAGGAGGGGGACAGGGUGCGAGCGGUGAGCAUCAGCAGCUCUCCCAUCAGAUCCUUCACUCCCAUCUCAGAGGCCACCGGCUGCCUCAUCGACUUCAGGAGGCAGCAGCGAGCCAAGAAGCCGAGCCAGCGACGGAGAUGAGGACGACCUCCAGAGGACGUCCCCGGGUCUGAACACAUCAGGAACCAGAGCCUUAAAUAAAACCUGCAGGGUCAUCGGGUCAGACGGGAAGUUAGAACCAAGAGGAGAGACUUUUCCUCCUGAUGGAUUUUCAAGCAGCUGAACGAUGGAUGUGCAAAAUCUCAUUUCUGUGCCACUCUGUGUUUUUUGUGUUUCUGUUUUGCGUUGAAGAUGUUUGUGUCAACCUCCACCACGUCUGAGCAGAGCUACAUUCUUUUCAUUUACAGAUUUUCAUCUUAUCAAACAGCGUGGACCAGUUUCUAAAAUCAUCCUCAAGAAACUUUUUACUGUACUUUGUUGUUUUCCUUUUUCCAUUCUCUGUCUUUGACCUUGAAACCUGUAUCUGCACUUAAGACUUUAGAGAAUUUGCCAGUUUGUGACUCAGCAGCAGUGAAGUCACCGCGAUGCACUGAAACACACCAGUUGGCUCAUUGAUGGACGAGGACACCGACCCGCUCGGCGUCUCUCCGGUGUCGUCACAUCUCGGCUUCAAACCGCCGGCCUGAGGUUUCCUGUGAGACUCUGUCACAACGCUCGGUUUCAUCAACCGCCUCAAACACAAAGAAACGAGGAACAGUCAUCAAGUGUGAACCUUCAUUUACCUCAGGACUCCAGGGGGACAGACUCAGUCCAGGACAAGUGUCUCAGCUACAAGUCCAACUCACUCAGUCCCAGUGAAGACCCACAGGAAAUAACACUUUGUAAUAAUUCAGAGACAGAUGAAUGGAUCUUGUCCUGUAACCUGCCGUCAGCUGCUCAAGAGAAGUUCAAGAGAAUCCAUCAAGUGAUCAAAAGUCCAGAAUCAAAUAAAUCCACUCCUUUGAAGAUUCUUUGUAGAUUGAGUUUGUCUUUUUAAUAAUUGUUUCUAAAAUGUAUUUUUUUUAUUUAAUAGAUAAAAAUGUUAUCAAUAAAAAAUAUGGUUAAAUCAA